UCACCCGACGGGCACGGGCUCAGUUGUGUGUUUGCGGGGAGCAAAAGAUGCAGUUCGUUCGCUCGCUGCUUCCUUCGUGAAUGUACAUCUUAAAAGCUAUCUUUCGCUUUCCUGUUUUCAAGCGCUCUAAAUCGGUUCCCUUUCCCUGCCCGAUCGGUUGAGGGGGCGAAUAAUUGCCCCGUCCUAAAAGUGUGCGUGUUCCUUGGUUUCCUUUUUUUCAACAUUCUACUCCAAAGAUCGUCCACUGCGAAAGACCAACAGACCAAUUUUCCUGUGCCAAGUGAAACUUAAACCAAAAGGCUGGCAACAGUUUUCCUCGGGGUGACCUUCCCCGCGCGUUUUCCAAUCUCUACUCACCACCACUGGAAGUGGAGAGUGGGGUUGAGGAAAAACUGGCAAGCCAAAAUAGAUUCCACCAGUGCACCGCAAAUGAUGCAAAACGAAAGAGAGCGAAAGAGAGCGAGCGAGAGAGGGCGAGAGUGAUUAAAUGUCCUUCGAAAAACUUUUGCAACUGUAAACAAACAGGUUGGGGGGAGGGAAAGUGGGCAACAAACGCAACGCAACUGGACGACGACGGGUUUUGAGAUGAAUAGGCGGUGAAAACGGAAUUAAUCUUUUGCUCGUCUUUCUGUUUGAAUAGAGUCCUUCAAGUGUGCGCGUAUGUGUGUGAGUGUGUGUGUGUGGGGAAUGAAAUGUGCGGCAAAUCACUUCCGGCGACCGGAAAACAGCUAAAGCCAAAAGUGUGGUGUUAAUGAGAAAUCGUUUCCCCCCCCCCCCCCAAAAACGCCUGCUGCCGUCGGGUGGAAUAAGAAGUUUCCGAUUCUCGCAUCCCACCACCACCCCCAAAACACCCCAGCCAACUGCGGGUGAGGGUGUGUGUGUGUGUGUAGUGGGGGAGAAAGUGUGCAUCGAAGCGCAAAUAAUUCACGCCAGACGAGAUUGGAAUGCAAGGACAUAUACACACACACAGCCGCAGACACAGCAACGCAACAACUACCGCGAGCAGCCGACUCACAUUUUCCAGCGACACGGUAAACUAGCGCAGUAGUAGGUGGCGGCGGUGGUGGUGGCAGCAGCAGCAGCAACAGCAACGGCUUGACAUCUCUCGGCUUUUUUUGAAACAAAAGCGCAUCCCGUGAAGGAAACGUGGGGCCGUAAGGGAGGAGGCAACACGAUAGCAACAGCCCCCUUUCUCCCGCUCGAUGAUGAUUGCAAUGGAAUGAUAACAAGAAACAACAAAAUUCAAAAAUGCAUUAUUUGAUUAAGCACAUCCGGCACAUCCGGCAGUCGUCCGGGACCGGUGUAGAGUAAAGUGGGUGGUGCAAACGCGGUGGUGGAAGAGAAGAAGCCUUCGCUCCUCCUUCUGGGACGGAUUUUUGCGGGGCAAGGGGCCAGCCAGGGAAGGGUGGAGGUGGUGACGGGCAGGGACGAUGGUAACGAUGACCUCGGAAGUUGAUAAAGACAAGGCAGCAGUGACAGUAGUGAUAAGUGCACCGAAAAAGAUGAACGCUAACGGCAACGAAAAGGACAAGGAUCGGGACAGGGAAACGAUUACGUCCAGCAACAGUAGCAACAACUGCAAUCGGGGAUCGGCUGGAACCGAUGGAGGAGAGGGCACAGUUACGCAGGGUGGGGCAGGGAAUGCGGUAGUGCCACCAGCCGGGAGUGGCGGUAGUAACAUUAGUAGUAGUAGUAGUACAACGGUGGCUACAACUUCAACGGCAACAAUCACAACAACAACGACGGCAACGAUCUCCUCCAGUGCCGCCGCCGGUACGAGCGCCGGUUCGUCCGGUAACAAGCCGGGCCAGGGUGGUCAACCCUCCCAUGCACAGGCCACCCAGGCGGCACUGAACCAGGAUGCACCGAACAUUUUAGUUUAUAAGAAGAUGGAAGCGAUCGUCGAGCGGAUGCAGGGUGAGGAGGGCGGCGUCUCGGUGCGCACCAUCAAAGCCUUCAUGAGCAAAGUACCGUCCGUAUUCACUGGUGCCGAUCUGAUAGCGUGGAUCAUGAAGAAUCUCAGCAUAGACGACGUGAACGAGGCGCUGCAUCUGGCCCACCUGCUCGCCUCCCACGGGUAUCUGUUCCCGAUCGACGACCACCAGCUGACGGUGAAGAACGACGGCACGUUCUACCGCUUCCAGACGCCCUACUUCUGGCCCUCCAACUGCUGGGAGCCGGAAAACACCGACUACGCCGUGUACCUGUGCAAGCGAACGAUGCAGAACAAGACGCGCCUCGAGCUGGCCGACUAUGAGGCGGAAAAUUUGGCCAAGCUGCAGAAGAUGUUCUCCCGCAAGUGGGAGUUCAUCUUCAUGCAGGCGGAAGCGCAAAGCAAGGUGGACAAGAAGCGGGACAAGCUCGAGCGCAAGGUGCUCGACUCGCAGGAGCGUGCGUUCUGGGACGUGCACCGGCCAAUGCCGGGCUGCGUCAAUACGACCGAGGUGGACAUCAAGAAGGCGUAUCGGCGCGGCGCUUCCAGCCUGGGCUCGGGAUCGUCCGGUACGGCCGGGAAUAGCAACCCGGUCGAGCAGCUGACGCGCCAGAUAAAGCUGCUGAAGCUAAAGCUCGAGCGACGCACGAUCAAAAUCUCCAAAGUGGCCGAAUCCUACACUUCAUACUUUGAGCAAUACAAUGAGUACGAUAGCUUUCUGAACCCGCCAGAUCAACCGAACCCUUGGAUCACGGACAAUACCGAGAUGUGGGACGCCGAUCGAACUGCCAAAGACGUAUCGCUAAAGCGCGUCAAGCGGUGGGGCUUUAGCUUGCGCGAACUUCUGAACGAUCCCGUCGGUCGGGAACAGUUUUCGAAGUUUCUGGACAAGGAAUUUAGUGGAGAAAACCUCAAGUUCUGGGAGUCGGUACAGAGCAUGAAGGCACAACCGCAGUCGAAGGUGAAAGAGGCGGCCCAUGCAAUAUAUCUGGAGUUUCUCGCCCCGGACGCGCCGUGCCCGGUGAACGUGGACUCGAAAUCGAUGGAGCUGGCCCGGGAGGCGGUAAGCAGUGCGGCACCGCCGAACCGCUGGUGCUUCGAUGUGGCGGCCGCCCACGUGUACCAUCUGAUGAAGAGUGACUCCUACUCACGCUACCUGCGCUCCGACAUGUACAAGGAGUAUCUGAACGGUUCGAAGAAGAAGAUCAAAUCCAUACCGAACCUGUUCGGCGUGAAGCGCUAAGGCACGGGCGCACCACAGUCAUGUUUUUACGACGAUAAAACGAGCGAAGUGCAGAAGACGCGCGUGCAAGAAAUAUCGUACUCCUCUCGAAUGAAAGUCGCGGGUAGCAUAGAGCGUGGUGUGGUAGUGGUAGUAGUAGUGGUAAAGCAAAAUGAUAUAUGUAGACGAGGAGCAGGCUUGUUACAGUUUCGUUCUGAUCGUGUUAGCGCGUGUGUUCAUAGAACGAUUGUUUUAUUAGCGUCAUGGAUCGCCAUAACUGAAGUAGUGGGUAAGCGGAAGUACAUACACACACACACCUGUGCGCGAAGCGAAGGAAUCGUUAUGCUAAGAUUUAAAAAGCGGAACACGUGCUAAGGCCGUGUUUCGCGAUGCCAUUUACUGUAACGUAUUUGCCAGAUAGCGAGGCAGGCCGCGCGAUACCAUAUAAUAGCGAAACGCAAACACGCAAAAAAAAAACAAGAACAACACAAAAACCAACCAAAUACAACCAAACAAAGGAAUUGUUGAUGAAACUUCAUCGAACGGGUGGAGAUAGCGUUUAUUUCGUACGCAGCGCGCGCAUAAUCGAUGCGCAUUGUGCAGUGCGAUGUAUCUCAUUUAGUGUAAAAGUAAAAGAAACAUACAAAAGAAACUAGUGAAAUACUUAUAAUAGUGUAAGAGUAGUGCAAACAACAUAGGGAAAGAAACGGAGCGCACAUGACGACUGUGGUGCAGAAUGCGUUGUUGAAGAUACAGAGAGCUCGCCAUGCGCGGCUCCAAAAAGUGUGGAGCGAACGGGUAGCAAUGCCAUUAGAAUUAUACAACAGAUACAAUGCAUAUUAGGUAAAUGAAAACGCAACAACAAGACAAGAGCAAAUAUUAUUAUAUUGAAAUAAAUAUAUCAUAUAUACAAACACUCAUACAUACGAAGUGUCACCCUCGCCCUUCCUGAUCCAGAACACACUAACAAAACCCAGCCCACCCUAUUCCCAUUCGUGAAGACAAAAAGAAAAAAAAAACAAGAAAUAUGCGAAUUUGAAACAAGCAAAUACAACCAAACGCACAUACAUCAGAUGGCAUUAUACACAUAUACAAGAAAUACGGUUACAGAGACACACAACACACAGACAGCCUGCAAACUGUAAACAUUCCUAAAGGAAAACAGUCCGAGGGGACGUGCGUUUACAGCGUGGAAACAUAAGUGAGACAACAUAAUAAUAGAGCUGUAGCAGAUAGUAUUGAUUGAUAAACAAUAAUACCGAUGCGGGGAGGAUAGACAAGAAGUGUUAUAAUACUAUUACAACAGCAACAACAACAAAAAUCCGUUAGAACACAAAGAACAAGACAAGUUCGUUAUUAUGAUGGAAUAAAUGAGAAUCGAGAAACUAAA